GCGCCGGGCCGGGGGAGCGGCCGCGCCGGGCCGGGCUGGCGGGCGACGGGGGCGCGCUCGGGGGCCCGGGCCGCGUGGGCGCCAGGAUGGAGGGCGCCGGGGGGCGGGGGCCGGGAGUGCGCGAGUGUGCGAGUGCGAGGGAGGCCGGCCUCUAGUGUAACCGGAGCCUCAGAGCCGGGGAGCGUCCGGGAGAGGGCGGGCGGGAGGCAGGGAGGAGGAGCGGCGGCGGCGCCCCGGCAUCUCCGGCACUCUCCUACCGCCAAGGAGCCCCCUCGAAGCGGCCUCGGCCUCGACGCGGGGCCGCCCCUCGCCCAGCUGCCUCGCGCCCACCCGGCAUGAUGAAGAAGAACAAUUCGGCCAAGAGGGGGCCUCAGGAUGGAAAUCAUCAGUCCGCACCGCCCGAGAAGGUCGGCUGGGUCCGGAAAUUCUGCGGGAAAGGGAUUUUCAGGGAGAUUUGGAAAAACCGCUAUGUGGUGCUGAAAGGGGAUCAGCUCUACAUCUCCGAUAAGGAGGUAAAAGAUGAGAAAAAUAUUCAAGAGGUAUUUGACCUGAGUGACUAUGAGAAGUGUGAAGAGCUCCGGAAAUCCAAGAGCAGAAGCAAGAAAAAUCACAGCAAGUUUACUCUUGCCCACUCCAAACAGCCGGGUAACACGGCCCCCAACCUAAUCUUCCUGGCAGUGAGUCCGGAAGAGAAGGAAUCCUGGAUCAGUGCCCUCAACUCUGCUAUCACCCGAGCAAAGAAUCGUAUCUUGGACGAGGUCACCGUUGAGGAGGACAGCUAUCUUGCUCACCCCACUCGAGACAGGGCAAAAAUCCAGCAUUCCCGCCGCCCCCCAACUAGGGGACAUCUAAUGGCUGUGGCUUCUACUUCUACCUCGGAUGGAAUGCUGACCUUGGACCUGAUUCAAGAGGAAGACCCUUCCCCUGAGGAACCAACCUCUUGUGCUGAGAGUUUUCGGGUUGACCUGGACAAGUCUGUGGCCCAGCUGGCCAACAGCCGACGGAGAGCAGACUCAGACCAUAUCCAGCCCUCCUCAGAUCGGGCAAGCAGCCUUCCCCGGCCUUGGGAAAAGCCAGACAAGGGGGCCACUUAUACCCCCCAGGCACCCAAGAAGUUGACCCCAACAGAGAAAGGCCGCUGUGCCUCCCUGGAGGAGAUUCUGUCUCAGCGGGACUCUGCCCCAGCCCACACCUUCCACCUGCGGGCUGAGGAGCCCACCAGCCCUAUCCUACCCCACCCAGGGCAGCUGUCCCGGAUCCAAGACCUAGUAGCAAGGAAACUGGAGAAGACUCAGGAGCUGCUGGCAGAGGUUCAGGGACUAGGAGACGGGAAACGAAAGGCCAAGGACCCCCCUCAGUCUCCGCCUGAUUCUGAGUCAGAGCAGCUGCUGCAGGAGACAGAGCGGCUGCUGGGAGAGGCCUCAUCAAAUUGGAGCCAGGCAAAGAGGGUGCUGCAGGAGGUCAGGGAGCUGAGAGACCUGUACAGACAGAUGGACCUGCAGAGCCCAGACUCCCACCUUAGACAGACCACCACGCACAGUCAGUACCGGAAGAGCCUGAUGUGAAGGAAGGUGACAG